AUGUCUCCGGAUGAAGGCCCAGAUCAGAAACGUCGCCGACUCGACGCAGCAAUCGAUGACUCCCUGGAGGACUACACUCCCUCAGAGCCAGCGGAACCUACUGAUGAAGUUGACACUUCGGGAAAUCCAUCGUUCCCAGCCGCUGCUCCUGCUGCCUCCACGGCUCCUGAACCUCCAGAACAUCCAGCAGUACCAGAACACCUUUUACCGGCUGUUCCUGAACACCUGGAUGAGACGUCCGAUCAGCCGGAACCUUCGAUUGAGCCUGAGCCUCCAAGUGUUCCUGCAACUCCGAUGAACCUUGACCCGGCAGAUCUUCCAGUGCCCUUGGAGAAACUUGAUGAUGUCAGAGUCACCAUCUUUCGUGAGCCAGGACAAGAACCUUCGGCGACCACCGACCACUUCAAGACGGAGAACGUGUUCAAGAGACACUCCAAAGAAGCCGCCAAAGGUCUACCUCCAAAGUGGGUUGGAUGCACGAUCUUUCAGAUCAAUGCCGUGACUCGCAUGGAACUUGGAAUGACUGCAACCUUGUCCUCUAGCUCUCCCACAUCCGUGAAGCCCAUCCGAAAGGCCGCUCAGCACAUGAAGAACCAGCAGCUCCGACACAUCAAGAAAGAGAAAAGCAAGUCGGAAAUCAAAGAAAAGAACCUCACACAAGCAGAACAACAGCUAAGACUGACACAGGAAGGGUGGACACCACAUGACCUUGAUCCAUGCCUUUUUGUACUUCAUCAUCAUCAUGAAGAUGGCUCCUCUGUUCCUUGUGGCCUGAUAGCACUUCACGUGGACGACAUGCUUGGAGCUGGUGACCGCGGCUGUGCCACCUACAUCGCAGCUGAACGACGCCUGAAAGAAGUUUUUGAGUUUAGAAGUUGGCAAGAAGAUCAUGAACCCAUGGAGUAUUGCGGUGUGAUCCACAACCGAAAAGACUUCACCUGGAACCUGUCACAAAGCCACUUCUUGCACAAAGAAGAGUCGAGCCUUGAGGAUGAGAAUGCCUUGCAGGAUGAAGAAUGGUCCAUUUUGACCUAUUUGUUCCUCUUCAUCCUCUUCACCACCCUCGUUGUGAGCUACCUGACCUACAAGCUGGGCAGAUUUCAUGAACACCGCCGACAGGUAAACGACCUAAAGGUCAAGUUGAGGGUGACCCAAGCUCGAAAUGAACGACACUUCGACAGUGCGUUGGAUGACCAAUGCCUGUUCUUCGACCGCCGCAUCUCCCAGCUGGAAAACGAUUUGGUGAAGGCUGCUGAGGCCAAUGCGGAAACCCGCCGGCAUCACAACGAGAUGAUAGAACAAUGA